CCCAGCCCAGACCCCAUCGCCCCUGCCUGGGCUGGAGGCAGGAACAGGACCCACUCACCCUGUGGAGGCAGUGCUAGAAGAGGGCUCCCUGGAGGAGGAGGCACCCCCCAUGCCUCAAGGCAAUGGCCCUGGGGCCCCCCAGGCCCUGGGCAGCACUGACCUCGACGUCCCCACAGAAGCUGUGACACGAGCUGUGGGCCUUGGACAAGUUACUGCGCCUCUCUGGGACUCAGUUUCCUCGUCCGUAAGGGAGGACACAGCCCAGGAGCAAUACCCAGAGGAUCCAGCGAGCCAGCCUCAGGGGAACCCCUUGGGCUGCACCCCACUACUGGCGAAUGGCUCUGGCCACCCCUUGGAGCUGGGCGGCGCCAGGCGGGCGGGGAAUGGUGCCCUGGGUGGCCCCAAGGCCCACCGGAAGCUGCAGGCUCACCCAUCUCUCGCCAGCCAGGGCAGCAAGAAGAGCAAGGGCAGCACCAAAUCCGCUGCCUCCCAGAUCCCUCUCCAGGCACAGGAAGACUGCUGCGUGCACUGCAUCCUGUCCUGCCUGUUCUGCGAGUUCCUGACGCUGUGCAACAUCGUCCUGGACUGCGCCACGUGCGGCUCCUGCAGCUCCGAGGACUCGUGCCUCUGCUGCUGCUGCUGCGGCUCCGGCGAGUGCGCCGACUGCGACCUGCCCUGCGACCUGGACUGCGGCAUCCUGGACGCCUGCUGCGAGUCGGCCGACUGCCUGGAGAUCUGCAUGGAGUGCUGCGGGCUCUGCUUCUCCUCCUGACCGCCCCCCGCGGGCUCCGGGCGGCCCGGGGAACGUGCGCUCCCAGCUGAUCGGCCCCCUCCCGUCCUC